CGCGCUUCCCUCUCACGCUCCUCUCGUGCUCCACAGAUCUUCAUUGCUCCACUGUGUCGAUGUGAGACGCGGAUGACAAAGUUGAACGAGCAGGUGUGCACGAAUCGAACCGUCCAUUUGCAGACGUUAUAACAAAGAAGAGGGGUCAUAUCGUGAGUCAUUCUGUGAUGGCUUUAUAAGGUUGUGUGUGAACAAUCUCUGGGAACAAUCAUGAGCAGAAUGCAUAGACACAUGACUAGAGGGUCCUUCCUCGUCCUCUUCCUCAUCAUCAGCCUGAUGUGGCCCAUACAUUCAGAGAUCUCCAACUGCGUCAUCAAACGGGAGGAGGAGAGAUGCAUGGAGCGAAUCAACCUGCACAACCCAAAAGAUGAUGAAAAGUUUGAGUGUCCGUGGGAGUGGGAUAAUCUGACCUGCUGGCAGGCGGCCAGUGUCGGCGAGGUCGUGGAGGUCACCUGUCCCGAGCUCUUCGAGUUUAUGAGUCCAGAGGAUGGGCUUGGCAAGAUCAGCAGAAACUGUACAGAGUUCGGAUGGUCUGAACCGUAUCCGCACUAUAUGGAUGCCUGUAUGAUUGUUGAAAACACAACCAAACCUGACAUGUACUACGCGUCUGUGAAGGCUCUCUAUACGGUGGGCUACAGCACAUCUCUGGUGUCUCUGAUCGCAGCUAUGGUCAUUCUGUGCCGCUUCAGGAAGCUUCACUGCACCAGGAACUUCAUCCACAUGAACCUGUUUGUGUCCUUCAUCCUGAGAGCCAUCUCUGUGUUCAUCAAAGAUGGGGUCCUGUACGCAGAGGAGGACAGUGACCACUGCUUUGUUCAUACUGUGGGGUGCAAGGCGGUGAUGGUCUUCUUCCACUACUGUGUGAUGUCAAACUACUUCUGGCUCUUCAUCGAAGGUCUCUAUCUCUUCACGCUCCUGGUGGAAACCUUCUUUCCUGAGAGACGCUACUUCUACUGGUACACCAUCAUCGGCUGGGGAACGCCCACCAUUUGUGUGACCAUAUGGGCCGUUCUGCGCCUUCAUUUUGAUGAUUCAGGUUGCUGGGACAUGAAUGAUAAUACUGCCCUCUGGUGGGUGAUAAAGGGACCUGUUGUGGCAUCAAUCAUGAUUAAUUUUGUCCUCUUCAUUGGAAUCAUCAUAAUCCUGGUGCAGAAGCUGCAGUCUCCAGACAUCGGCGGGAACGAGUCCAGCAUCUACCUCAGCUGUGCACAGAAAUGCUUCAGUGAGCCCACACAGGCCGUCCAGCAUUCGUGCAGGAUGUCAGAGCUUUCUACCAUCACGCUGCGUCUGGCGCGCUCCACCCUUCUCCUCAUCCCUCUGUUUGGAAUCCACUACACUGUUUUUGCUUUCUCCCCGGAGGAUUUCAGCAAGCGGGAGCGACUGGUCUUUGAGCUGGGCCUGGGCUCCUUCCAGGGGUUUGUGGUGGCCGUGCUCUACUGCUUUCUGAAUGGAGAGUUUCUCCCUAAAGGUGCAGUCGGAGAUAAAGAGGAAAUGGAGGAGUUGGACGGUGAACAGGUACUUUGCUGUGGACCUGAAGCAGCAGCGUCACCCUUCGCUAGCGAGCAGUGGGGUGAACGGGGGGACGCAGCUGUCCAUCCUCAGCAAGAGCAGCUCACAGAUACGCAUGUCCAGCCCUCUGGCCGAGACGGUCAACCUCAACCUGCCCACCUGAGCGCCUGAUUGGCCUGUCCGUCCAUAAGCCCCGCCCUCCAAUUCACCUUCUUCACCUGCAGUAGGGCCGACCAAUCACAAUUAGAGAAGAACUAGUGAUUAUUCAUGAAAUAUCUGGAUAGUAUUUAAAGAUUCCAAACAAGAUCUAGAACGUCUCACCCAUUAUCGGUUAGAAACGAUUUGUCCAGGGAAAAAUAUAUAGUGCCAAAACUGUUGAUGAGCUUAAAAGUUGCUAUUCAGGUUAGAAACCAAAAGCAACUUUUUGAAGGCUUUCUAAUUAAUCUAAUGAGUAAACAACAAUACAAGCAUAAAAGAAUGUUAUUUGUAAUCAAUAAUAAUGCAGAACAGGGGAUCAGGUCAAAAUGAGACUGCGGUGAAAAUUUGAGUGAAUUUUCAUAUCGCAUUAUGAGCCAUAAAGAAUGUGAAUUGUUGGUGGUUAGAGUGUAGUCAGAGAAACAUCAAUCCAUUCAUUUCUGUCAAACCAACAGCACAUUGCUUUCUAGUUUUUUAUCAGAGAGAGACAGGUUACAUUUCAGUGUUAUGAGAAAAUAUAAUAACAUAAAGUGCCAAAACAUGAAUAUUUAGGUAUUGUUUUAUCUGCAAGCUACUGUGUUUAUCAGAAGUACACUAAAAAAGAAAAUGUACAGUUUUCGUGUUGCUCGUUUAAAUGCUGUGUUUUUGAUUUAAUGUUCUCCACAGAGAGAUUGUAAAACAUAUUUUUUUACAAUCAGCCGUAAGUACAGAGUAUGUCAACAAUAUAAAGACUUAUGAAUGACUCAUGAAUUUAGAUUGUGUAAAUGUUAUGUUGUGAGUUAUGAGGCCAGUGCUUUCUUACUGUCAUUGCGAAUGGUUUAUAACUACACAGAGCCAAUAUCAGCAAAUCAAGGACUGUCAAAAAACAGUUCUGUAAACAAUUACCAGUCCAGUGAAGCUAUUCCACAAUUCCCUCUGAUUUAUUUAAUCUGAAGUGCCUGAUGGUCACAAAAAAAGCUUUGAUGGAUUUACUGUAAACAACCAGUCCCAUGCAGUAUUGAUUUAAUUAUUACUCAUUUAGUAGUGUAGAUUCAGUCUUCAAGUUUGUGUUACAAUCUUUCAUUUCUACAUAGUAGGAAUAUAUUAAUGUAUACACAGUAUUAGAGUGCAUAUAGACAUUUCUAAAGCUUUGAAAUGCGCAAAUCAAUGCCAUUAUGUUACUAUCAGAUGCAUUAUAAAUGCAUUUAGGGCUGACAUGUUCAACUGUGGGAGACAAAAGAGACAUUUGAGUGAGAUGUGAAAGUGUUAAAGGGAGAUUUCACCAAAAAUGUUGAUUCUGUCAUCAUGUCCAACUUUUUACAUGCUUGUACUCUUACAAUGAAAACAUACAGAAUGUCAAGCUCCAAAAUGGCAAGAGGCAUCAUUUUAGUACCCGAAUUAUAUAUGAAGGACUUUAAUUAUGCUUUUUUGUCCUUAUUUAAAGCUGGACAACCUGUGCUCAAUAUAUUUUGUAUGAAAACCAGGAUGCAUAUGUUUGCCAUACAGGUUUAAAAAUGACACGAGGAUGAGUGAAAGAUGACAGAUUUUAAUUAAUUUUUGAGUGAACUUUUAAUACAUGAGAGACUGAUAACCCCAAACCUUUACAAGAACAAUAUCUGAUGUCAAUCAAGGAAUCCAACCAAAUUUACUGCAUCAUCACUGACUGACAAUCAGAAUGAGUCAUCAUCACUCACAUUUUUACGUUUGAUCGCGAUAAUAACGUGCAUCGGUGUACUAAGUGGCAGCAGUCUGUGCUAAAGGUGAUGUUUAUUUCAGUACAGUAUUAUUCUCUGCCGUGAUUGUAAAUUCUCUGUAUACGUUAAAGACGCACGUGCCAGUAAAUAAUGUACCAGCACUCUCUCUUUAGUCAACACUUGCGGUCUUAAGUACCAACGAUGUAUGUAAAACUUCUGUGAUUCUUAAACGUCUCAUUUUUGAAAUGCAGUAUGCUUUUUGUUGCAGCUCAUAGUUGUUGGUGAUUCACAUUGGGAGUUGAGGUGGUUAUUGAAAUGUACAGUAAAGUGAUGGUCGCCUAGAUCACUGUAUACUUUUUUCCCCUUGGUUGUUAUUUUAAAGUUUUAAGUGUGUAAUUUGUGUGCUUCUAUCAUCAGCAAACGAAAAUGAACAAAUAAUGAUGGCAGGUUUCGAACGCUCCUCAUCUCUCAUUGGCAGGAUAAACAUAGCUCCGCCCCUCGCGAAAUAAUGACGUUAGUUGAGAAAGCUAGCGCUUUUCUUUUUUUCUUCUUUUUAAAAAAUUGUAUGUGUGAUGUAAAAUACGUUCUGUACUUAAUAAGCAGAGACAACUAUAAAAUCAUUUGUAGCUGGAUUUUUCUAAAAAAUUAAAAGUGUAUACACUGUGGCUCUCUGGUGCUCACGACCUAAUCUCAACCAAUAGCGUGGGUGUGGGGCGGGGCUAUAUGUUUUUUGGCCAAUGGCAGACGAGGGGAGUCAUUGAUAAAUGCCAUAAAUUCUCACCAGUGAUGACAAAAAACUUUAUAUUUGUUUGAUCUUUCUCAUUUCUCUUAUCGUUAUUAUGUUUCAACCUGUAAAUCGUAAUGAUCUGGAAAAUGCUCUUAGUGAUAGUGAACUUGUCUGUAAUUAAAUAAAUUGUGAAAUCCUAGGAGAGCGUCAGAUGUUGCUUGGAUCCCAUGACCUUACAGCUUCAUAGGUGUUUGUAUAUAUGUGAUGCCGAGCUCCCUCUGUGGAUCUUUCUAGAUUUAUCUGCAUGAAAAAAAGACAAAAAUAGAUAUGCUUGCUGCUUUCUAUGUUGUUUCUAUGUUCUUGACACCAGCCGUCAUUCUGAGCGUGAGCUCAAAGCUGUUACAGACGUGAUUUCGUGUGCUUGUAAUACAUCUUCCUGCCAGUAGAUGACGCUCUUCAUUCGAUUGUUUUAAGCGCUGUAUAUCUGAGGAACGAGGAGUUGAGUGGGAGAUGUUAUGUCUCUCUCUCUCUCUCUCUCUCGUGUAGGUCUGACAUGUUUCGGUGUCUAUGAGAUACUGAGAUAACUCAUUUCAAUCUGAAUGUAACACCCGGACAACAACUGUUUCUUACAUUCAGCUGCUCUUUAAAGACGCCUGCUGUUUCUGCUUUGAUGUAGAUUAUGUCCAUGUUUGACCUGUGAACAUUUUGUACAGUACGUGUCUGAAUUCCAUUCUUGACAAACAA